UUCAUAUUUGAACAAAAACAUAACGUCUCUCUAUGCAAAUUCAUUAACUGAAUAUGGAUUUGGCGUCAUUACAUUUAACACCAAUAUAACAAUAUCUUACACUGUUACUCUGUUUUUUACUGAUGUGCCUGUUUAAUAUAUGGGGAAAUAUUCUCACGUUUAUUUUCAAACGAGCAUUUUCCAAAGUAGUUUUCAGUUCAACCGCCCAAUCAGCAGCUUCUAGGUAUUUUAUGAAAAUACUUGCUUCCAAGCAGAAGAAAAAAUCAAAAUUGAACUCUUCCAGAACCCCAGAUUCAAGAAGCAAAAAAAAUAACCAAAGGACACACAGACAUCGAUAGAUUGCGUUCUCAUUAACUUCAAUUGACAAAGGUUUAUCUGAAUUAUAUUUGUUUGGAAAUAUUUUCCUCAACAACAACUAACUUAUAUAAAUUAAUCUUCUUCGAGAAAUUACUUCUUCCUUGAAACUGUUCUUCUUAAACUGAAUUUUGCUGUUUUUCCAAAUUAGUCUUCCUAUAGACACUACACCCUUGAGAAGAAAUGCCCUCUUGCUGGAUUGAAUUUCCUAAGGAUUAACCUGGCUUGAAUUUAAAUCUUCAAAUUGAUAUCCAUACGAGAUUAUUCUACUGCGAAACUUGAUUUUUCGUUGAAAUUAGUAUUAUUGUAAAACGAAUUUACUUGUACAACAGACUCUACAUUAAAAGUAAUCUAGUCCAGAGGUCGUACUGAGUGUGUCAGCAAAAAUGGCCAAGUCAGACAAGAAAGAGAAGUGGCGUCGUCGGUUCCGUUACGCAAUUACUGUCAUUGGACCUUGUUUGAUUAUUUUUCUUGUUGCAUUUUGCUACUUAUGCAAAUGUUAACCAGAGAAAAUGCCAUGUAUUCAUGUAGAACGUGUUAAAAUGCAAAUAACAAAUCUUUUUUAUUCAGCAUGGAUAUCCGACACUUUGACAAAGAAAAACCCCAAAUAUGAUAAAUUAACAUGGGACAUUCAUUUCUGGCUUGGUACUGAAUGUUCUAAGGAUGAACAAGGAGUUGCUGCUUACAAAACAGUGGAAUUGGACGACCAUCUGGGCGGAGCACCAGUGCAGUAUCGUGAGGUCCAGGACCACGAAUCCCAGUUGUUUCUGUCAUACUUUAAAAAAGGCAUAACGUACCUCAGUGGAGGAGUUGAAAGUGGUUUCCGUAAAGUAGAAAGAAAUGUCUAUGAAAAAAGACUACUUCAUGUGAAAGGCAAAAGAAACGUCCGCGUAACACAGGUAAAAUGUGACGUUAGUUCUUUGAACGAAGGGGAUGUAUUUAUCUUGGACUGCGGAGAGAAAAUCUACAUUUGGACUGGACCAAAGAGCCGAGGAACAGAACGCUUAAAGGGUAUGGAUGUUGCCAAGCGUAUAAGAGAUGAAGAACGUUUCGGAAAGGCUACUAUACGAAUUGUAGAUAAAAAAUGGGAUUCCGAUUCAGAAUUUUUCAAAGACUUAGGUUCCCGUGGUGCUAUAAGUGCUGAAGAUUCUGCAGCCGAUGAUGACGAAUUUGAGAAGAACCAAAACAAACUUCAUAAAUUAUAUAGGGUUUGCGAUGCUGAUGGAAGCAUUGAAAUAACCGAAGUCGGUGGGCGCCCACUUCAAAGUAAUAUGCUUGAUUCCAACGAUUGUUUUAUUUUAGAUACUGGUUCUAGUGGAAUAUUUGUUUGGAUCGGAAAAAACUGUACUGCAAAUGAACGAAAAUCUGGCUGGAAAUUGGCUAUGGAAUUUAUCGACAAUAAAAACUACCCUGAAUGGACUCAGAUGACCCGAGUGGUUGAGCAAGGUGAGACUCCACUGUUUAAGCAAUACUUUGAGGGGUGGACAGAACCACAAAUGGUAAUUGGUAAAGCAAGAGCCUAUUCUAUUGGAAGCAUAGCCAGAGCCAACAGAGGUAAAUUUGAUGCGAAGAUCCUACAUAAACAUCGAUCAUUUAAUGAAAACGAUCAGCUUUCCGAUGAUGGAAGUGGUUUAUUAACGAUAUGGUAUGUAUACGGUUGUAAGAGUUCGGAAGAUAAUAUUGCAGCAUGUGCUAUGAUGGUACAAACGAUCGACUACAAAGAAGUUAAUGGAAAAGCGGUACAGGUACGAAUCACUCAAAAUCAAGAGCCGGAACAUUUCCUUCGAAUAUUUCAUGGGAAAUUGAUUGUCUUAAAGGGUGAUGGCAGAAAGAUGAGCGAUUUUAAUAAUAAAACUAUGUUAUUUCACAUUCGAGGCUACUUGGAGUAUAAUACACGAGCUAUGCAGGUUGAACCCGUUGCUUCAUCUUUGAACUCAAACGAUGCUUUUGUUUUAAUUCACCAGGACUACUCAUAUCUCUGGCUUGGCAGGGAAGCCAAUAGUGAGGAACGAAAAAUGGCGAGAAGCGUAAUGAGCUAUCUUACAAAUAUCAGUGAUCCGGCCGUAAUCCUUGAAGGCAAAGAACCGGAUAAAUUUUGGGAAAUUUUAGGAGGCAAGCAGGAUUACGCCACAGAAAUAGUUUCUCAGGUAAAUGGGAUAGAAAUGCCACCACGAUUGUUCCACUGUUCUAAUGCUUCAGGGUAUUAUAAAGUUGAAGAAAUUGUCAAUUUUAGCCAAGAGGAUCUUUAUGAAGACGAUGUUAUGCUUUUGGAUACAUUUAAAGAGUCUUGUGCUAAACAAGAAACAAUUAUAAUGACUAUUUGUUUUUCUUUUUAUUUAUCCCUGAAGGAUUACAUUAAAUCUGAUCCGACCGGUAGAACUGUUGAUGCUACACUGAUUGUUCAAGUAAAACAAGGAUCGGAACCUUUCAAGUUCAGAGGUUGUUUCAUCGACUGGGAUCCCAAACGUUGGGCACUUGCUCUUGGUGGAAUGCUUGGUGCUUAUAAUGGAAUGCAUGGUACUUAUAGUAGAACACCAUUUAAUAGUGACCACUACACAUCUGGUGAAAAACGGGUUUCACAGACAGCAUUAUUGGCGAACACUGCUUCGUUUUAUAAUGUGUUCAGGGACGGUUCAGAGGAUGUGAAAGACGAUGAGAGGCGUGGUAGUGUGAGGGACGUCAAAACAUCAGAGCUGAUAGAGAAAAUAUGCAACUUUCUGGGUGAAGACCAUCGUGUAUCUAUAAAGGUUAUGAGCAUACAGUUUGGAGUUAAUACGGCAAGUGUACACGGAAUUAUUCACGAAGAUCUGAAGAUGCGCAAAAUUUGUUCCCAGGGUGGUCAGGGACGAGUAUCUUAG